UAAAAGCAAGGUCACCUUUCACUGGAGGUGAUUUUAAGCCUAUCCAUCAACCAUGCUUUAGAGGACUUUUGACAUGUGACAAUGAGCCGUACGAGGAUAUUUUUGCUUAUUGUGAAAGAAGCGUGGCGUGCAUUCUUCGCAAACGUGUGUGUUUGGCAUGCCUUUCCGUUUUAAUUUUGUAAUCUCGAUGUGGGCAAAUGUGUUCGCGUGCUACGCCCUUUGACCUCCACACCCCUUAAACAGUUGCCGUGUGAAGUGUUGCGCCUCUGUCCUGCCCCGCAUGAUGGCUGCCCGGACUCCAAAUUAGGAACCGGUGGGACAUAUACAUACAUACUUAACAUACAGACCGUCCAUCCCGGAGGGGGAAGUGUUUGAUUUGCGUUCUACCAAGCGACACCAACGGAAAAAGGGUUAGCUAGCCAGCUAGCUAACUAACUGUCGUGGAGGGGAGGCGGCGUGCUUCAUGUUCCAUAGCACGUCUUUUGUGCGGACUGAAAUUGCCGUUCAAGUGCAGGAAAUGAGAGUGGCUGGCUAACGGAAUUGCACGGCUGUUUCUCGCGGAUACGGCUAUCGUUACAUUUUGAUUUGCACUUCGUUGGGAGAUCUCAAUUGUGGGGGAAAAACGAUAAGGGUGAACAACGGGAGACUUGAAUAGUUUGGAUUUGACUGUGCAUGCUCCUGUAAGCCAGACAGUCUUCUUCCAAUGGCUGCUACUGACUCCACCGCUGUGCCUGAGGGUUUCCACUACGAGACCAAAUAUGUCGUCCUCAACUACCUGGGCUUGCCCCCACCCUCCAGGCCUCAGGGAGCACAGGGCACUGCUGCUGAAGCAGAGAGGAGCGGCGGCGUAAAGGCGCAGAUCGAGGAGGAGCUGAGGCGACUGGAGGAGGAAAUCUCUGCCUCUUUCUCCACCACAGGCUUCGACUGCCACACGUCCCCGGUGUUCAGCCCUGCCAACCCUGAGAGCUCCAUUGAGGACUGCCUGGCUUCCCUGGGGGACCGUGUGGCCCGCGACCUGGAGCCGCACCUGAGCGACGCCCUACAGAUGCUCCUCAGCGCCUCCUUGGAUUACCAGCGCUUCCGAGAUGCAGUACAGGAAGUGUCCUCUCACUCACAGGGCGGCUGGAACAAGGUGCUGGUGCCCUUGGUGCUGCUGCAGGCUCUGCAGGGGGAGGGGCAGUCUCUGGACACUCUGUUGCCCCUGGGGGUGCGAUACCUGGAGGAGGCCGAGGCGGAUUACAUCAUCCAGCAGGGCGGAUGGGGCACGGUGUUCAGCCUGGAGGAAGAGGAGGACACGGGCGUGAUCAUCGCGGAGGACAGUAACGACAUCUACAUCCUGUCAGGGGAGCAGCCAGAGCAGCUGAGCCCCCCAGCGUCGCUGCUCGGCGUGGGAGACAGCAGCGGCCCCAGCUCCUGGCAGACGGAGAGCCUGCCCGUCUCGCUGACCGGGCACGACUCCUGGGCGCAGGUGGGCGUCAUGGACCCCGAGGACGCCAAGAGCCUGGACAGCAGUGACGGUGCGGCGCUGGCCGAGGAGCGCAGCGAGAACAACUCCUCCAACUCGGACAUCGUGCACGUGGAGCGGGAGGAGGCGGAGCUGCUGGAGGCCGGGGGCGGGGCCGAGGCCGAGCCGGAGCCGGAGCUGCAGGAGAGCGUGCUGAGCGUGCUGGGCAGCGAGAGCGAGCUGGCUGAGCUGAGGGCGGAGAUGAGGGCGGGGUCCCCCGUGCCCCCUGAGCCUGUACCCGUGCCCACGCCCGAGGAGGCGGAGCCUGUGAAGGAGAGGCUCCCCGGCCCUCUGGCCCAGGAGGAGCCGCCUGCCGCCCCUGUGUCGGAGCCGGAGCCCCCGGCCCCUGUCCCCGCCCCCGCCCCCACCCCUGCGGAAGCUCCAGUAGAGUCAGAGCCCCCACCCCCCAGCCAGGAGCUCCCCCCGCCUCCACAGCCGGAGCCGGAGCCAGAGCCGGAACCGGUGCUCCCCCCGGUGGAGCCCCAGUUGGAGAUUGUGCAGGAGGCCGCCGUGGCGACCCUCGCCGCACCCCCUGCCCAGGAGCCCCCCGUAGCCCCGCCCGAGGAGGAGGCUGCGGCGCAGACAGAGCCCACGCCCCCCGAGACCCCCCCGCCUUCAGAGCUCCCCGUGCUGCUCUACGGGGGCGCCGCCCUGGUGGCCAUCGCUGCAGUGGUGGCGUACGGAGCCAUGGUCUACAGGAAGAAAUAACGGAGCCCCCCCCCACACCCCCAACACCCCACCCCUGCCCCGCCCCGGCUCACUGCUGGUUAUCUGGGCUGCCGAGGAGACAGGGGGCGCUGUGCCGCCGGCGUGCGCACUCUUAGGGAACCUCUCCCUCUCUUCUCAUUCGUUUUUGGUUUUUUCUCUGUCGGCUCAUCAGAGCCGUUUUUCCUUCCUCGUGAGCGCAUCACUCCUACGCCCCCGUCUGACUGGAAUGGAGUGUUUAGAUUGGUCUCCGUUUCUCUGUUGUGUGUUUUUUGGACUCGGCGUGUGUGGUGUCUUGAAUGCACAUGGGUGAUUUUUUUUUUUGGUUUCGUGUCCCUGCCUGGCUGUGGGCUGGGGUGCCUGUU